CCGCCAACCGGAUGCUUCACAUUUAUACAUCCGGUAAAAUAUCUGGCUCAUUGUUCUAUCUGUGGAAGAACUGUGAAGUGUCAACGCUGAGGCCACCGUGUCUGACUUGGACGCUGUAAUAUGGAAGAUGAAGAGGUUUGCGAAAGUUGGGAGGAAGCUGCAGACAGCGGGGAAAUUGAGAGAAGACUUGAGGCAAAGUUGAAGAUAAGCCAGAAAGCAAAGAAAGCAAGCAUCAGCUCAGGUGGCUCCCCUAUACGAACUGCCAUGGUUAUCCAGGACGAAUCUCUACCUGCAGCCCCCCCACCUCAAAUCCGAAUUCUGAAGCGCCCCUCAAGUAAUGGUUCCUUGGGGUCGGCUGGUUCAUCCAACCGCCCCACCCAGCAGCCGAAGUCACUGGCCCAGCGGGAGGCAGAGUAUGCCGAGGCCCGCAGGAGGAUUCUGGGUAGUGCUAGCUCUGAAGAAACGCCUCAGGACAAACCCAGCCCAGACAGACUAGUGCGAGUGAGUGCCCAGCCAGAACCAGUUCGUCCGAACAAUCACGUGAUCCGCCAACCCACAGGCCCAGACGGUACCUCAGGCUUCCGUCGCUACAGAUAGAGGGGGAUCCAUCGUCUCUUCUUGGGGGCAUGUUGUGCAGAGAAUAAAGGGGAGGUAGCAUGGUGCAUGAAGAGCGGAGAGGUGGGAUGAAAUGUGAAAGUUGUGAUGAUGAUAGAUGGUCAACAGAGACAAAACAGAAUAUAUUGGCUCACAGAAUGAGUUGAAGUAUCCCUACCACCCCUUUCUGCUGACUGUUGGCACGCCCUUUGCCUUUCACCCUCUGCCCUGUUUCCAGCCUGCGUGGAGGGUUGCAGGGAGAUGGCUGAGGGUUGGGUCAGAUCUCCUGUCUGUCCCACACUGUGACCAGGGCAUUGCCUCAGGACUCCAUACACUGUGAUAUCUCCCAUGAUUCACCCUGAGCUGCCCCAUGCCCCUCUUCUGCUGAGGACCAGGGUCUUCCUGGGUCUGCGGCAUGCCUGCCCUCCAGGUGAAUGACAAACUGAGUCUGUGUGACUUCAAGGUGGCCAGGGGAAAGUUGGGAAUGAACCUAUUGCCGGACAUGAGUGGAGGAGGGCCAUGGAUAGAGUAGGGGAGUGACAAGGUGCCACUACGACGUGUUGGCAUGUUCAAGCAAUAAUUCUGAAAUCAACAUGAAAGCCCGGCUUCUCUAGCUAAACUUUAGUUUUUUUUACGGUUUACUUGUUUUUGUUUUAUUUUCCUGGUUUUAAGAACUGGGCAGUAACUGAAUGGUACAUUUGGAAUUAUUAGGUUCAUGUUGUCUCUUUUUUUUUCUUUUUUGCAUCUAGUUGCUUUUGUUUAUUAAUCUGUUUUCAAAGUGGCAAUGAUGUACAGUAGAAGAAAAAAAUAGUGUAUAUAUAUAUAUAACAUUUUAGUGAAGCUGAAUGUUUUAUAGGAUCUUAUACAGAUGGUCAUUAAAAGUAGUAGCCAUUGUUAAAAGAUACUGUAAGUAUAGUGUUGAGAUUAGCAUAAAAUUCUGUAUUCUAUAGAAGGAUAAAAAGUAAUUCUGAAAAAUAUCCAAACUGCGGGGCCUUGUUGCUUCUUGGGCAGAGAGAAGAAAGAAAAAGGAGCAUAAGUAGGCCAAAGCUUUUUUUUGAUUCAGGGUUGUUUGAACAGGAACCCAUUGGCUGGAGUGUUUUAAGCAGCACCUCUUCUAUUCUGCCCUGUCUUUCAUUCUGUCCCUCUCCAGGGUAGCCUUACUUGGAGAGGACAGCACUUGUUCUUGUACGGUAAAGACAUGUUGAAACAAAGACAACGAAAGAAUAACAGUGAGAUAGAGAUUGACAAGGAUGUUCCAAUUUGCUUGGUUAGAAGGCAAAGUUAUUGUUAAGUAGAGUGCCAAAGUUGAACAGAAACCCAUUUUUCCCCAGCAGAGGUGGAACAUGUCAUAGUUCUCAAUCUAUCUAGUUUGUUAAUGAAAUGACAAACUACAUCUUGGCUGUUUUUAAACCAUACUAAAUGUGUUCAGACUCAAAACGCCUUAAAUUCUUUGGUUUCAUAUUGGACCCCACAGUUACCGAGGCACCUCAGGUUAAUGCUCUUGGAUGCUGUGAUUUUAUUAAUUUUUUUAAACCAAAUGUUUUAUGUCCUCCCCUUGAACUCCUUUUACCUCUCAUGUCUGUCAUUUGGCCAGCCUAAGAACCCCUGGAAAGGUGGUUUUGUUGGCCCCUCUCUCAGGUAGGUUUUAAUGCUGGACAAGCUAAGUCUUGGGUCUACUCAACUGUAAUCCCAGAGAUGGUGACUGACUGAACUUGUUGUAUAGCCUACUUUGUAAAGAAAGUCACAUACGGUAACCUCUCUUGGGUGUGAUUUGGUUUUUAUUUAGAGGAUACCUAAAGUAUGUUACAUCGGGGCCAUUUGAAGUGUAAUUUUAACCUUAUCCUUUAUAAUUUAUUGGGAUUACUGAUCAGAGAGGUCUAGACAGGUGAAAGCAAUACAGUGGAGAAACAAAGGUGUAUUGUAUAAGCCCCUGAGUGCAGUUUCCACACCUGUCAGAUCAGAGAUAAGCCUGGGAAAGGAAGGGAGGAGACUUGAGUCUAGCCCUGGAGGAAUCUGAUCCUCCUGAUCAGUGUUGGGUUUAAUUCAGAAAGUGAAUAUAAAUGUAAUUAUUGAAUAGAAGAUGGAUUAGAUUUUGUAGUUUUUAAGUCAAUUUGAAUUGAAAACUGAAUUGACCUCAACCCUGCAUUUGAUGAGCCUACGCAGCUCCAGUAACUCCAGUAUGGGCGACAAUGAAGAGAUGAGGCUCUUCUGUCAUGUGGAAACAUGAAAACGACAAACAAAUCAACCUGUAAAUAUUUUUUUUAAUGCCCUUUAAUAAAAAUCUAUUGAAAAGUGAAACACAAUUUGCUAAUAUUUUUGUUUGGUGUACAGCAUUUUUAUUUUUCUAAUUUGUAAAAUGGGAUAUGUGCAUGGACUUAUAGUCAAAUACAAAUUCCAAGUAUAGCUGAAAAUGUAACCCCAAACGGCCCCAUAACUCAAUGUCUACAGGAAGCAUUACAACUACAUUUAUAUUACAGCAUUUUUAAACAAUCAUAUGUGAAUACGACAUUCUGCACAACUGACAAAUGUAAUUUCAUUUCAGAAAUGCUUCAUGCGACCAUGGUUAUCAAUGUUAAGUGCCCAAUGAGCUGUGUGCUUUUUAAGUUAUAUUUAGGUACAACACAAUUUUGUUUACUUUCAGUUAGGCUAAUGCUUGAAAUUAUUCUAACUUAAACCUUGGCAGUAACAACUCCAUGUAUGAUUAAUAUUCCCUCAGAUUUUAUUGGGCUGUUGUAGCUUUAAAAUGAGUUUGGUGCCAGAAAUCUGAGAUGUUUUCCUUCAUGUUGUGGAGGUAUUGAAUAGAGAUCUUUCUAGUGAGAAUUCAUCAUAUGUAUUUAACACAGUGCACCAUUGACAUGUAUCUUGUGUGUUCUUACCAACCUGAGCAUUAUCUAUAAAUGUGUCUAUUGUCAUCCUAAUGUAUGUGUCCUGUUUGUCUAGCCCAACUCUCUCUAGCCUAAUGUAUGUCCUGGAUGUGUUGUUCCUGUGUUUUGUCUAUUUUGUAUGAAUAAACUGCAGUAAUUAGAGAACUUA